AUGGAGGACGAAGCACUCCACUCACAGGGAUCGGCGCCGUCGGAUCCGCUGCUGUCACCAACUCAUACGGCGAAACGUCCUUUGCCAGAUGAGAAGGUUCCUUCGGCGAAUUUGUCUCAAGAGGGACCGGAAGAAACAGAAUACAUAAUCGAGCCCGUAGCCCUCAGCGACGAAGAAGAAAAGCUCGACGAAGAAAUAGACCUGACGGAGCUGGAAGCCGAGUUGCAAGCUGCGCUCUCGGAGACAAAUAUCAGGGCGAGAAGCGUUGCUGCCGAAAGUGGAAACGAAAGCUCACAACAACCCAUGGAGGGUACUUCCGAGGAUACCAAUGAACUAGACGAUUAUGAACAACUGAUGAAGGAUGCAAGGAAGCUCAAAAGAGAACGGGAUGACAGCAAUGACAAUAUUUCCAGUGCUAUCGCUCGAGUGACGGAGAAACACGAAGCAGUUGAAGACUUUAUAAGGUCUUUCCUCAUUUCGUCUCAAAUGCACAAGACACUCUCCUGCUUUCAAACAGAGUGGUAUGACGCUCAGCUUCAGAAGGCUGACAGCGACUCUGCGACUGUGGCAAAAAGGGAGCAGUGGGCUGUUCCAAAUGCCUUUCUCGUAAACCAAGAGCUGCAAGAACAGGUGGCUCAUCUAGAGCAGGAAAUCCGCCGACAGCGCGAGAUUGCCUCCAAGGCCUUGGAAUACUUCGACAAGUUUAAGAAGGAGCGAGACUUCCAUCGUAUGCACCAUCGGCGACUCAAACAAGAAAAAGAAAAGUGCACCCAGGAAAUCAAGAAACUGAAGAAAAAACUUGAGGACAUGCGUCCAGAGAUCGAGACUCUUCACGGCAAAUACAAAACAAGCAUUCGCGAAAAAAUGUUAAUUACCAUCGACAGAGAUCGUUUGGCUGCGAAAGUUGAGUCUCUGAACCGACAGGGUCCGCGCGAGUCGUCGCGUUGUGCCUCUCGUAGUUCGAGGGGUUCUUUGUCCAGUUCCAGCGAAACGGUGGAGGUGAAGAAGCCUGAAGAAUGCGAAGGGGAAAGUCACUGUCGAAACCGAAAUUCAAACGGAGUCAGCGGCACGAGCCAGCCUCGAAAACCCGCAACGAAACUCGACUCGCAGUGGCCAGAGCGUCGCAGAGUCAAUCCUUACCUUUCGGUGGAAGGGACGAGUUCUGAAUUAGGAAAAACUGAGAGUUCUAGUCAGCACCACAGCGAGACCAGCACGGGAUCCGGGUCCUUACUUUCGAGUGCGGAAAAGCCUCGCGACCGUCUUAAAUGCUCACACGCAUUCGAUGCCCACGGUGCCGCAGUUGUUUCCAUCGUCUUUCAUCCUCAACUUGAGCUACUCGCGUCGACAAGCGAUGAUGGGACCUGGAAGCUGUGGCAAAUGCCAGCUGCUCACCUCGUGAUGUCCGGCGUGGGUCACACGGACUGGGUGAGCAGUGCCUCACUCCACCCGUACGCCUCCGUCCUUGUCACGGCCUCUGGAGACGGAACCGUCAAGCUGUGGAGCAUUGCAGAAGAAAACUGCGUCCAUACUUUCACCGACCACUCCAAGCCCGUCUGGGAUUGCUGCUUCCAUGACGCGGGAGACUUCUUCGCUACAUGCUCUGCGGAUCACUCCAUCAAAUGCUUUGAUGCUAACAGCCUGCGCUGCCGAGAAAGCUUGAGAGGGCAUGCAGACUCCGUGAACUCCAUAUGCUUCCAGCCCUUCACCAACUGUCUGGCGAGUUGCUCGACAGAUAAAAUGGUCAAGCUGUGGGACAUGCGAACGGCUUCCGUGAUUCGCAAGCUGUCGGGCCACAGUCACUCAUGCAACGACGUCACUUUCAACAUGCAGGCGAAUGUCGUUGCCUCCUGCGACGCUGGGGGUGUGGUCCACGUGUGGGACCUGAGGAAAAUGGAAGACGUCCUCGAAGUCAGCUGCGGCUCGACAUUACUAAAGAAACCCUUUUGCAGAACAUGGAUGGACAUCCAGACUACGUUCUGGUAG